AUGGCCGAGGUGCCUUGGGUCGAUAGCCUGGAGGAAGUCUACGGCGAUGGCACCACUUCUGGCAUUCCCACAGAAUACGAGCAACGAUUCCAGAACUUGAUCAAAUCAUUUCAGCAACAAUUCGGCAAAAGGCCUGACUUUGUCUCCCGAAGUCCAGGAAGAGUCAACAUCAUCGGAGAGCACGUUGACUAUUCCCUGUACAACGUGUUACCUACAGCAGUCAUUAACGACGUUCUCAUCGCAACUCAGGUGCUGGAGGGCGAGGAUGGCCACAUGACUAUCGCGAAUGUCAAUUCAUCCAAGUAUCCGACGGAGGAUACAACAAUAUCUGGCAAGGUCGUGGUCGACAAGGAGAACCACAGAUGGAGCAAUUAUUUCCUGGCCGGUGUGAGUGGAUCGCUCGAAUCACUGCGCCGGAAGCACGGUGAGAAUUUUGUACCGAAAGGGAUGAAGGUUCUGAUAGACGGCAAUGUGCCUGCUGGAGGAGGUCUUUCAAGCAGCGCUGCAUUUGUAUGUGCCUCAGCCCUUGCGAUUAUGGCUGCCAACGGCCACAACGUGUCUAAACAGGACCUAUUGGAUGAAUGCAUAGUCUCAGAAAGGAGCGUCGGCGUCUACUCCGGUGGCAUGGAUCAGGCAGCGUCAAUCUUCUCACAACGUGGCUACCUACUUUACUGCCGAUUCUGGCCCGAAUUCGCCGCAGAGCAUGUGCCUGUGCCAAAGUCAAAUCCUGAAUUCGCAAUCCUGGUUGCUCAGUCAUUCGUCACUUCAGACAAAGCUGUCACUGCGCCAAAGCACUACAACCUGAGGGUCGUCGAGGUCACUCUGGCAUCAGUCGCGCUGGCGAAGCUUUUUGACCUCACACUCAAUCCGGACAAAAGCUCACUUGGCUUCAGCCUUCGCAAUUUCCAAGAAGAGAUACUGAAGAGGGAAGGCAAACUUCAACAGCCACAAGAGGAGCAGGUGGAUGCUGUGAUCGAAAUGAUAAGGUCUAAGCUCGAUAAGGACGCCUACACGCGCGAGGACAUCGCCUCGAUUCUGGAGAUAUCCGUCGAGAAUCUCGAGAAGGAAUACAUGUCGAAGUUCCCUGUUCAGGCCGAUGCAUUCAAGCUCAGGCAGCGAGCGCUUCAUGUGCUGGAAGAAGCUCGUCGAGUGCUGUCUUUCCGAGAAACACUGUCGCAGAGCGACAGCCUCGACCAGGACAAGCUGUUGCGGCUAGGCGAGCUCAUGAAUACCACCCAAGAGUCCUGCGCCAAUGUCUAUGAAUGCAGCUGUCCGGAGAUUGAUGAUAUAUGCUCCAUCACGAGGAAAGCGGGAGCAUACGGAAGUCGAUUGACUGGUGCGGGAUGGGGUGGCUGCGUCGUGGUCCUGCUACCAACAGACAAGGUCGAAGCAGUAGUAGAGGCUCUGAAGAAGGAGUACUACUCCAAGCAGUUUCCCGACAUGUCACAAGAGAAGCUGAAGGAGGCAAUUGUGAUCAGCAAGCCCGGGCAAGGCAGCAGCGUCAUUCAUGGAAAAGCAUUGUCGGCAUGA